CCUCAAACAUGGUCAAAAUCCAAGUCCUAAUUGCCUUCUCUUUGUUCCGUACUACCGCCGGCCUCUUCUGGCCGACCUUACCGUCAGCAACUCCAUCGUCCUCAGCUUCGACCAAACUCUCUUUCGAUUUCUCUUUCACCGGCAAGUCUGAACUCGUCAAUUCAAUCAAAAGUUAGCCCCUUUCGCAUCUCUGGACCGAAGAAAAGACUAUGAACAAUCCAGGUCACCACGACGAAGACGAUGAAGGCGACCUCUUCCUCGACGAUUCCGAUAUCAUCCACGAAGUUACUGUCGAUGAAGAAGAUCUUCCUGACGUAGAUGACGACGGUGGCUUUGAUGCUGAAGAUUUGGAGGAAGCUGAUGAUUCAAUGCACAUAUUCACUGGCCAUACUGGUGAAGUCUAUACAGUUGUCUGCAGCCCAACAGAUGCCACAUUAGUGGCAACGGGUGGUGGGGAUGACCUAGGCUUUCUCUGGAGAAUUGGUGAAGGAAAUUGGGCUUCAGAGCUUCAAGGCCAUAAGGAUUCUGUCUCCAGUUUGGCCUUUAGCACUGAUGGGCUGUUGCUUGCAUCUGGAGGGUUGGAUGGGCUUAUUCAAGUUUGGGACACAGGGUCAGGAAAUGUCAAAUGUGCCCUUGAAGGUCCUCAAGGGGGCAUUGAGUGGGUGAGGUGGCAUCCAAGGGGACAUCUAGUCUUGGCCGGUUCUGAAGAUUCCACUGUGUGGAUGUGGAAUGCUGAUAAUGGUGCUUAUCUUAAUAUGUUUUCUGGUCAUGCUAGUAGUGUGACUUGUGGUGACUUUACCCCUGAUGGUAAAAUAAUUUGUACUGGUUCGGAUGAUGCAUCUUUGAGAAUAUGGAAUCCAAAAACUGCCGAAAGCAUUCAUAUUGUAAGAGGUCAUCCCUAUCACACUGAAGGUGUGACAUGUGUAGAAGUAAGCUCUGAUUCAGCACUAGCUAUUACUGGUUCAAAGGAUGGUUCUGUCCACAUUGUGAAUAUAACGAGUGGGAAGGUUGUUGGAUCUCUUGCUUCUCACUCAGAUUCAAUUGAAUGUGUUGGGCUUGCCCCAAGUUCACCGUGGGCAGCAACUGGAAGUAUGGAUCAGAAGCUUAUAAUAUGGGAUUUGCAUCAUUCAUUACCUCGCUGUACUUGUGACCACAAGGAUGGUGUGACAUGCUUGACAUGGCUUGGUGCAUCUAGGUACCUGGCUACAGGUUGUGCGGAUGGGAAAGUGAGGUUAUGGGAUAGUCUCUCGGGCGAUUGUGUGAAAACUUUUCAUGGGCAUUCUGAUGCCAUUCUGUCUCUCUCCAUGUCUUCUAAUCGUGAUUUCCUCGUCUCCGUUUCAGCCGAUGGAACUUCUCGUGUGUUUGAGAUUGUCGAGUUUCGGUAAAACAAUGUGUCAUGAAUUGCAUUUUUGAAGGGCUAGAAUGCAACUUUUUUGUGAAUAUAACGGCUUUGAUAGGGGCCAAGUGGAAGCCAUGUAAAUUAAAAAAUGUUAGAUUUGAGUACAAUUAGAAUUUGUCUCUGUCUGUCUAUGUUAAUUGCGUGCCUUGCUUCUCCCUAUGAAUUAGAAUUGUAGUUGUCUUUCUGUUUAUGAAGAUUAGAAUAAUAAUUACACUUAUAAACAUAGCGUUUCCUUUUC